AUGUACCUGCUAAUAUUAUAUUUUUUAUUUCAAUCUUUUUUUGUUUCGUUUUUUUUUGGACGUUUGUUCAGUAGGAAAUAUAUUGGUUUUUUUACAAGUAUCUGCGUAUUUAUUUCAUUUUUAUUGAGUAUUAUUUUAUUUUAUGAAGUCGCUUUAAAUAGUUCUGAAUGUUUUUUUUCACUUUUUAACUGGAUUACUAUUGAUUUGUUAUUUUUAGAUUUUAAUUUUUUAUUUGAUUCUUUAACUGUGAGUAUGCUGUCAGUAGUUACAUUAAUAUCUUUUUUAGUACAUAUUUACUCUAUUGAAUAUAUGAAAGAUGAUCCACAUCAAAUUCGUUUUUUUUCAUAUAUUUCUAUUUUCACUUUUUUUAUGGUUAUUCUAGUAACAGCAGGUAACUUAGUUCAACUAUUUAUAGGAUGGGAAGGGGUUGGUCUAUGUUCGUAUUUAUUGAUCAAUUUUUGGUAUAGUAGGAUAGAUGCAAAUAAAUCUAGUAUUAUGGCAAUGGUAACAAAUAAAGUAGGUGAUUUAUGUUUACUUAUUUCUUUUUCUGCUAUUUUUUAUCUUUAUAAUUCAUUUGAUUAUAGCGUUAUUUUUUCUUCUUAUAUGAUACAAGCAUUAAGUUUAGAAGUAGAUUUAUAUUUGUUUUCUAUAGUUGGAGUAUUUUUUAUUUUAGGUGCGGUUGGUAAAUCAGCACAGUUAGGGUUGCAUAUUUGGUUACCGGAGGCAAUGGAAGGACCAACGCCUGUUUCCUCUCUAAUACAUGCUGCAACGAUGGUAACUGCAGGAAUUUUUUUGGUAAUUAGAUGUUCUUUUAUAUUUGAAUUACUACCAUCUCUUUUGGUUUUAAUCUUAUUCUUCGGAUCAGCUACUACGUUUUUGGGUUCUAGCAUAGGUUUAUUUCAAAAUGACAUAAAAAAAAUAAUAGCUUAUUCUACGUGUAGCCAAUUAGGUUAUAUGUUUUUAUCGUGUGGUCUAUUGGGUUAUUCAAAUAGUAUAUUUCAUUUAAUUAAUCAUGCUUUUUUUAAAGCAUUAUUAUUUUUAUCAGCAGGAUUGAUUAUUUAUUGUUUUUCCCAUGAACAAGAUUUUAGAAAAAUGGGAGGAUUAAUUUAUUUUUUUCCUUUUGCUUAUAUUUCUAUUUUAAUAGGUUCGCUUUCGUUAAUGGGUUUUCCUUUUUUUUCAGGUUUUUAUUCUAAAGAAAAAAUUGUUCAGUUUUUUUUUAAUUUAUUUUAUGUUUCUUUCGAUUCAUAUUAUUUAUUAAAUUUUUUUUUUUUUUUAUCUUUUUUAUCUUUCAUGUCGAUUAUAUUUACAACACUUUAUAGUAUUAAAUUAUUAAUUUUUGUUUUUUUUGUAAAAUACAAUGGUUAUAGAUAUAAUAUGUUUAAUAUCCAAUAUGCUUCGUUUUAUAUGUUACUCCCAUUAUUUAUAUUGAUUUAUUUUAGUGUAUUUAGUGGUUUUUUUUUACAAGAUAUGUUUGUAGGUGCAGGUACUGAUUUUUGGGGUAGUGCACUCAUGAUAUCAUUAGUAGAUGUUGAAUCUAUAUCGUUUUUAGUGAACAAUGAAUACAUUGCGUAUAAUACUUUUUAUUUAUUUAAUUAUGAAUAUUAUAAAUAUUUAAGACAAGUACCGUUGGUAUGGGUAGUUUAUUUUUCUAUUCUUUUUUUAUUUAUGUAUACAUUAUUUAAACCUCGGUCUUAUUUAUUUAAUAUUAAGUAUAGUUCUUCAUUUUAUUUUUACAUAUAUACAUUUUUUGCUCAAAAAUGGAUAGCAUUUAAUAAAUUAUUUUUUUAUGUAUUAAUCGAUUUUUUGUUUUCUUUUAGCUUUCUUAUAUUUUCUAUAGUAGAGAAGGGUUUAUUAGAAAAAUUAGGACCUUUUGGAAUAAGUUCAAUAAUACGAAAAACAACUUCAUUUUAUUCAGUUACGGUAAAGGGUUUGAUUUAUCAUUAUUUAGGUUUUAUGCUGCUAGGUUUAUUGAUGUGUAUUCAAUUAUAUUUUUUAUAUUUUUAA